UGUCUUACGAUUUAUAUGUAGGCUCCAUAGCGCGCAGAAGCUCUAGAUUUCGUAGCCUGCCGUGCCGUGCUGUGCUGUGCCGUGCUAUGCUAUGCUAUUUUAUGCUAAGCUGCGCUGUGCUCUGUGCUCUGUGCUCCUUGCUCUGUGCUCCUUGCUGUUGUACACUUUGAAUGACCACUUUGAUGACCAAUCCAUGGUUGUUCCCCGUCUACCCAUACAUAUAAGAUCAUGCAAUUCAAUCAAUGCCCGUUCCUUAUCCGUGCCCUCUUUCCAUGUCACGAUGAGACGACGCGCGCCCUUAUUUCUUACUUCCUUUUUUUUUUCUUCUCUUUCUUUUCCGUUCCGUUCCGCCGAGCCGUCGGGCGACGGCAAAUACGAGAGAAAUUUGCUUCUCUAGUACCUAGGGCGGGAUUGUUACUGUACAACUGACAGACAGACAGACAGAUAGAUAGAUGUGGACCUAAUGUAUGUUGGUAUGUAGGAACAGACGAACAAAACAGGUGACCUUUUUUUUUUUUUUUUUUUUUUUUUUUUUU